GUGCGCCCCGAGCGCGGAUCCCGGGUCCAAGCGGGAAGAAGUGUCCGUGGACUGUGAGGCCUCAGUCGGGCCGGCGCGGCGGCCACAAAAGAGGGAAGCGCCAGCGCUGGACUCACUUCCCCAGGCCAGUGCGCCAGGACCAUGUCGGGAAGUUGCCGCCGGGGUCUGGAAGCUUGUGAAAGAGGCUGGGAAGGCUCUGAGUGUCAUUGGCCAAGGGGCGCCGGCCGCUGCGCGCUCCCAUUGGCUGGUGAAAUCGGAGGCGGGGCCUCGACCUCGAGCGGCACCGCUGGGGCUGCGAACUCCCGGCGCAGCUGCCCGACUGGACCCAGCUGGCCAGCCGCGCUAUGAGUCGCAGCUUGGACGGGCGCAGAGCUUCCUGGAGCACUUGGAGGCGCUGGGCGACCGGGAGGGGGCGGUCCUCGCCGGCGAGUUCAGUGACAUCCAAGCCAGAUCAGCUGCCUGGAAGGCUGGCGACAUGUGCUCCACGGAGGCGGGCAGUCAGCCAGGAAACGUGAGGAAGAACCGCUACAAAGACGUGCUGCCGUGUAAAUCAGGGCUUCAGGAUGAUCAGACACGAGUGAUCCUCUCCCUGCUCCAGGAGGAGGGACAAGGCGACUACAUCAAUGGCAACUUCAUCCGGGGCACAGAUGGAAGCCCGGCCUACAUCGCCACACAGGGACCCUUGCCUCAUACCUUGCUAGACUUCUGGCGCCUGGUCUGGGAGUUUGGGGUCAAGGUGAUCCUGAUGGCAUGUCGAGAGAUGGAGAAUGGGAGGAAAAAGUGUGAGUGUUACUGGGCCCAAGAACAGGAGCCACUGCAGAUUGGGCUUUUCUGCAUCACCCUGGCCAGGGAGACAUGGCUGAAUGAAGACAUCAUGCUCCGGUCCCUUCUGGUCACCUUCCAGAAGGUAUUGAAAGGAGAAGAAGAGAAAUCUCGUUCUGUGUACCAACUGCAGUAUAUGUCCUGGCCAGACAGAGGAGUCCCCAGCAAUCCUGACCAUGUGCUUGCCAUGGUGGAGGAAGCCCGUCACCUCCAGGGUUCUGGCUCCAGCCCCCUGUGUGUCCACUGCAGCGCGGGCUGUGGGCGAACAGGCGUCUUGUGUGCGGUGGAUUAUGUGAGACAGUUGUUCCUGACCCAGAUGCUCUCACCUAAUUUCAGCCUCUUCGACCUGGUCCUUGAGAUGCGGAAGCAGCGGCCGACAGCAGUGCAGACAGAGGAGCAGUACAGGUUCCUGCACCACACAGUGGCCCAGAUGUUCUCUUCAGCACUCCAAAAUGCCAGUCCCCAGUCCCAGCACCUCAAAAAGAAUUGUGCCCCACUCUAUGACGAUGCCCUCUCUCUCCGGACUUCCCUGGCCCUUUCUGCCAUGCCCUGCCCACCUGGCGAGGUCCUCAGGAGCAUCUCAGCGCCGGGGCCCCGGGCCCUCGCCAUGGCCGACACAUACGCAGUGGUGCAGAAGCGCGGGGCCCCGGCGCGCACCGGGUCGGGCCCCGGGGCGCAAGGCACUGAGGCGACGCCGCUCUACAGCCAGGUUAUGCCUUCUGCCCGGCGGCCACAGGCGCCCGCGGAGGACGCGCACGGGGCGCUGCCCUGCCGCGUUUCUGCUGAUCCCAGCCCUGCUGGGCCUGGCACCUACGAGGAUGUGGCCGAUGGAUCUCAGACCGGCGGGCUAGGCUUCAACCUGCGCAUCGGAAGGCCUAAAGGGCCUCGGGACCCGCCUGCCGAGUGGAGCCGGGUGUGAGUGCUGUGCCCAGGCCUGCCUGCUACUCCACGUGGUUGCCUGGACUGCUGAGGCCAUUCUCUGCUGUGUGAAGUGUUGGGCGUGGGAACGUUGGGGCUGGAUCAAAAUAAAAUUUCUCAGGGUGGGAA